UUUAAAGUAAAAGUAAAGAGAUAUCUAUCUAUCUUUCUUUAAUCAUUUUAAUAUAUCUCUUAAAGGAUAGUUAUGAAUCGCCUUUCUCUUCAUUUUAAGUCCCAAAUUCUAGAAUAGAGGUUUUAAAAAGAAAUAAGGGGAAUUUACAGCAAGAUCUUUUUAAAUAUUUUAACAGCUUAUUUUUUUAUUGUAGGGAUACCUUGUAUUAUUAUUUCUACUAUUAAAUGGAAUACUUCUGAUGUUAUAGUUUAUUCAAUAUCUUCUUCAACAUGUAUAACAUAUAGUCUAGUGCUCAAUUACUUUCCUUAGUAUUAUAAUCUAUGGAUUAAUUCUCUUAAUUUAUUUGCCUCCUUUAUGAUGGGAGGUUAAAUAUAUUUAUUUGGGCCAACUACCGGCAUUCAUGAUGAUUAUGUCCUUUUUUAUUUUGGAGCAGCUGGCUUUUCUCUUCACAUAACAGUUGCUUUUUUAUCAUCCAACUUUAUAAUGACUCUAGUGUAGACUUUUAGCUCAACUGUUCUGUAUUAUUCAAUUUGCUGGUCACCACAAAUUUAUGCAUAUAAGUAUGCAUAUGGGGCUUUCACAUUAUUUGUAUUAUUUUUCAUAUAUCUGAUAUAGAAAAAUAGAAGAGAGAUAUUUCUGCUGAGAGAGUAUGAAAAGGAUUGGGUUUAGAUAGUCAAAAAGGGUUUAUCUUCAAGUAUAAUUACUGUUAAGUAUGACCAAAAAGAUAAUUCUAUAAGCUUAGAUAUGAUAAAUGAAUAAGCUAAAAAGCUAUUAUAAUUGGCUACUCCUCAAGAAUUUAAAGAUUUUUCGAGAAGGACUGUAAUUAUAGACAAAUUUGAAGAUCAUGAAGAAUAGGAGUCGAUAGCUAAACUCGAAUAAAGAAACUAAUUUUAUAUGCAAUAAAAACAAAAGAAGGAAGAUAAAUCUAAAAAGACAUUAGAAAAUAGAAUUAUAAAUAUUUUAAAGAUGCACAUAAUCCAUAAGAUGAAGCUAAAUUAAAAAUCCAAUCCCAAAAAUGAAUAAAAAAUGGACAAAAGUGUAUAUGUAGAUGAAGAAAUUAUCCACUAAGGGAUAGAUAACUAAAUUGAAGAUUUAUUCUAUGGAAUUUUUAAAAAGAGUGAAGAUUCUACAGAAAAGAGAAUUUCAAUAAAGGCAUCCACAUAUCAAAACUAAGCUGAUUGUUAUUGCUGCCUAGUAAUCGAAGAAGAAACCAAUAAUUAAAAAGUAAAAAUUUUAGAGAGGGUUAACAAAAGCUUUGAAAGGAAUUUUUUUCAGUUCUGUCUUUUUGUAGGGGAUAAGCUUUAAAAUAUAGCUAUGAAUAUCUAGAAUGUAAGUAAUAUCAAAGCAAACAUAUGUUAAUGCUAUAACACUAUUUAUAACUAUAAAGAUCAUAUUCAACUAAUUAAAAAUUAAUUUAAAAUGAAAAUAAACAACCUAAAUAUAUCGCAAAUAACUCUAGAGUAGCUAAGACAAUCUAUAUUUCAAAGAUAUGUCAAUAAAACUCAUGAAAUAGAUUUAAAGAUAAAAUUUAUAAAUUGUAAUUCUGAUACAGUUGUAAAUACGUUUGUUGAAAAGCUUAAUUAACUUAUUAUGAACUUGGUAGACAACUCUGUAAAAUUCCAACAAACUAAUUAGUUAAUUAAAAACAGAUAUUUAUUUCCAGUAACUCCUCUCAAAUAAAGCAGCAGAUUUAGAUCAUUUAGUAAAAGCUAAACAUAUGUUCAUAGUAUUUUAAAGCCUAAUGAUCAUGCAAGAUUAGACUAAGAUUUAACGGAAACGGUGAUACUGCAGAAAGACAUUAAGCAAUUUAAAGAUCUUAAAAUUGACUUUAAAAAUAGUUUAACUGCUUAAAAAGAAAAUAAUAUAUUUUUAACAAGUAAAGUAGACGUUGAUGAUAUUCAAUUAGAUUAAAGAUAGUAAAAUGAUUAAGUAUCAAUUAAUUAAAAUAGUUCACUUUAAAAGGAUGUUACAAUUUAAUUUGAACUGAUUAAAGGAGAAUGUGAAGAAUCCAAUAUUUUUAAAAUCACAAUAAUAGAUUAUGGAAAAGGUUUAAGUCAUCAUAAAUUGCUUAAACUUCUACAAAUCAUAGGAACUAAAAACCCAGCUUACAAUCCUCAGUUCUAAAAUUUUGAUUAUCUUGGAUGGAAAAUAAAUUAUCACAUCAUAGGAAACAUAGGUCCAUUCUACAAUUUUUUUGUGAAGAGCAGUGAAAAUUAAGGUUUAGAAUAUCACUUUUACAUCUUUUAAGAUAUAAAAAUUCUCUAUCAGAAUGAUUAAAAUCAAACAAAAAUAUUUUCAAACAAUCAUUUUUAGGAGUACUUAGAAAAAUCUAAUUAAAAUUUCUAUCACAUAAAUAAUCUAAAUGAAUAAUUGGCAAAGAUCAGAAAAUAAAGUGAAGAAAAUAAUUCUAAUAUUAAGUCUUUUACACCACUUUAACAAAGCAUUAAAUUUUCAACAGUCAAUCAAAAUAAAGUAGUAGAAAAUAACACAGAUACACACUCUCUAUUUGGAUAUCAGUCAAUGAUAUUAACUGAUGAUUUUACUUCUUAAUAAAUAAUUCCUCCUAAAAACUUAAAUUACUAAUUAGCAACAAAAUUCAUUUUAGAUAAAACACCUCCAUCCUCACCAAUAACUUAUUUAAAAUGGUUAAAAGAAAAAAAAUGAUAAAAUAAUUCCAUAAUAUUUUAUUAUAAUCUGACAUAUAAAAUACUAAAUUUUUGAUCACUCUUUAAUUACAUUAAAUAAACUUUCAAAACAAAAAAUAAUUAAGUAUUUAAAAUUAAAACUCAAAAAAAAAAUUAAUGAGAUGAAUUUAUAAUUUUAUAUUAAUUAAAAUCUUUUGCAAAAUUAUAUUAUUAUCAAGAAGGAUUCUGUUUAUAUGUAAUCAUCAGAAACUCAUAAGUUAUUAUUCUCUUUUUAACUAAUAUUU